ACCGACAAUCAACGCAUAUUUCUUCGUUUCCUGCAAGAGUAAGCAGGCUUUACAUAGCAAAUAUUCGCGCCACUCUUAGUUGCUCCUUUCGCCGUCGGAAUAGAUCCCUGCGGGAGGCUAAGCGGCGAUUGGACGGCCAUAACUUUCGCUAGCUUGGAUGGCAAUGGCAGAUUUUUAUAGGUGAACUCUGCAGGUAGAGGAAAUUAUCUGGAUAUGGAUGAAAUAAGAAAAUAAAAAAUGCAGAAAGUGAGUGAACGACAAGAUGUGGAUGACAGUGCAAAAAGCUUGAGCAAAUUUCCUGAUGUAGUUCUUCAACACAUCCUCUCUUUUCUCCCAACAAAGGAUGCUAUAAGAACCAGUGUUCUAUCAAAAAGAUGGGAAUACCUUUGGACAUCCAUUCCCAAUCUUGAGUUCAAUGACCAUAAAGCCAAUAGAGCCACGUUCAUGGAUUUUGUGGAUAGAGGAAUUGCUCUUCGCAAAACAGAUAUAAAAGAUUUUUCUCUCACAUGUGACGUACUUGGUGAUGAAUCUCGCAUUAGGCGAUGGGUCUCUGCUGCAGUGAGAUAUGACGUUCAAACAUUCUGUACUGAUCUCAGUAAAUGCAAAGAAUCUUUUGAAUUGCCUCAGUGUCUCUUUAAUUGUGCAUCACUUAGAGAAUUACAUCUAUCAGUCUCCUGCACCCUCAAACUUCCUCCUUCAGUUUGUUUCUCAACUCUCAAGAUUUUAAGUCUUCACAGCAUCACAUUUCCAGAUGAUCACUUCACUCAAAAGUUGUUUUCUGGCUGCCCAAUGCUUGAAGAUUUGUGGUUACAUGAAUGCAACUGGGUUAAUGUCAAAAUUGUGAGUAUUUAUGCUCCAAGGCUUUUGAAAUUGAGCAUAAGUGAAAUGGAAAUUGAUAACCACACAUGGAAUGAAUCGAAUGGUUGUCAAAUCAUGAUAUUUGGAAAUUGUCUCAAGUACUUUUAUUAUAUUGGUGAAUUAUUUAACGAGUACUGCUUUUAUAACGAAUCCUCAUUGGAUGACGUGUGGAUUCAAAUGUAUUAUACUGAUCAAAGGUCCAGAGUAGUUGCCUAUCGCUUAUUUAAGCUUUUGUCGGGCCUUCGCGAUUUCAAAGAGCUAGCAAUUUCGAAAGACGCUGUUGAGGUACUGAAUCACGCAGCUGAACUUCUAGCCCAUAUGCCCUUGUUCAAUAAUCUGUCUAUUUUGUUCUUGGAUUGGGGGCAAGUAAAUCUUGGAAGUAAAGCACUUCUGAAGAUACUCCAAAAUUCCCCACACCUAAAUUCUCUUGUGCUUGUUGAGGGAAUCAGCUUCCCUUCAGAUUCUGAAAGAAUCCUGGAGCCAUUGCCUUCAUGUUUCUUGUCGCACCUCAAAAAAAUUGAAGUCUAUGAAUUUGAAGGAACUGAGAAGGCAUAUAUGGAUGUGGCAGCGAUCUUGCUUAAGAGAACAGCAGCUUUGGAGAAGUUGGUCUUGUCAUGUCCAAAGUCCUCUACCUGGACAUUAGAAGAGAAAGAGAAUGUUCGUAAUGAGCUACUAGAACUCCCUAGGGCAUUAGAAGUUUGCACUAUCCAAAUGUCUUUCUUCAUGUUUUCAAUUACAGUUUCGAAAUAUGUCUAAUUAUUUCCUUGCACUUGACAAGUUUGGAAGAAACUCAUUAAGCUUGUUGUUUUGCUUCUUAAUUGUGAACAUUUUUGCACUGUCA